AUCCCGCGCCUUUCCAGGUCCGUCUCCCGGUGAACCGGAUGCGCUGUCAGUCUCCUUCUCCGCGUUCUUAACCUCCACCCCGCUCCCUCGAGAAGCCGCUGGCACCCCGAGGGCUCGGCCAGGAGGCUCCUGGCGGCUGGCCUGACUGGCGUGGAGCGCGGUAGGAGCUGGGCGCACACGGCUACCGUGCGUGGAGGAGACACAGCCCUGUGGCGAUGGGUGCCAGGGCCGCUCCUUCACGCCGGAGACAGGCGGGGCGGCGGCUGCGGUACCUGCCCACGGGGAGCUUUUCCUUUCUCCUCCUCCUGCUUCUCCUCUGCAUCCAGCUCGGAGGAGGACAGAAGAAAAAGGAGAAUCUUUUGGCGGAAAAAGUAGAACAGCUGAUGGAAUGGAGUUCCAGGCGCUCAAUCUUCAGAAUGAAUGGUGAUAAAUUCCGAAAAUUUGUAAAGGCACCCCCUCGAAACUAUUCUAUGAUUGUUAUGUUCACUGCUCUACAGCCUCAGCGGCAGUGUUCUGUUUGCAGGCAAGCUAAUGAAGAAUAUCAAAUACUGGCUAACUCCUGGCGCUAUUCAUCUGCUUUUUGCAACAAAUUGUUCUUUGGUAUGGUGGACUAUGAUGAGGGAACAGACGUUUUUCAGCAGGUAAAAAGUU